CAAGAUUCUUAACAAUCAAGACUCUGCUCAGCUCUGUUAUGCCAUGGCGAUUGCAUACCGGAAGAAGAAAAUGGAUUCCAGAUUUUGGUGCCCGAUCCUCCUCGCCUUCGCCAUGCUCUCCGCCGGAGCACGCUCUCAGUCGACCGACGCCCUCGGCUUCCUCUCCAUCGACUGCGGCCUCAACCCCGGUUCGUCCUACGUCGACCCCGUCACCAACAUCUCCUACGUCUCCGACGCCGGCUUCAUCAACACCGGCGUCAACCGCAACAUCUCCGCCUCCUACUUGUCCGACGUUACCCCCCAGCAUCUCCGCACCCUCCGCUCGUUCCCCAACGGCGCCCGCAACUGCUACACCAUCGGAUCGCCGGCGGUGGCAAGGGGGUCCAAGUACCUCCUCCGGGCGUGGUUCGUCUACGGCAACUACGACGGGAACAACGGCCAGCCGCUGGCCUUCGACCUCCACCUCGACGUCAACUACUGGUCGGGGGUGAACGUGACCAAUGCCACCUCGCACCACAUGACGGAGACCAUCACGGUGGCCACCGCAGGAUAUUUCUCCGUGUGCCUGGUAAACACCGGCACAGGGACGCCGUUCAUCUCCGCAAUCGACUUGCGGCCGCUGAAGGACAGUCUGUAUCCGGCGGCGAACGAGUCGCGGAGUUUGGUGCUGCUCUGCCGGUGGAAUUUGGGAGUGGCGUCUGACUACUACAUCAGGUAUCCGGACGAUCCGCUCGAUCGGUGGUGGCCUCCAAAUCCGUCGAUCUCCCCGUUGUUGAAAAACGUCGCCACCAACUCCACCGUCCGAAACCUUCCCCAGGACUCCUUCCAAGUUCCCUCCGUCGUCAUGCAGACCGCCGUCACCCCCUUCCACGGCUCCAGCAUCGUCAUCAAAUGGGAUUCCUUGGCCGGCGACGACGUCAACCAGUUCUUCCCCAUCCUCCACAUAUCUGACAUCUUAGAUCCCUCCGGUAGCAAUCUAUCACGGCAGUUCACGGUCUACGUGAAUGGACUCCGGUGGGUGGGGGGUAUAAUGACCCCCCCUUACCUCUACUCGGCCGCCGUCUACAGCCUGGCGCCGCUCCCUUCGUUCCCUACCUAUAACAUCUCCAUCAAGGCUCUCACCAGCUACACUCUCCCGCCCAUCCUCAAUGCCUUCGAGCUCUUCAGGACCAUGAGCAACGCCUCCGUGGCCUCGGAUGCUGGAGAUGGUAAUUAUUCUUCCAUUUCAUCUUGGAAUGAGCAUCUUACCAGGGUUUUAUCCUCGAGUGCAACUGGCGACCUUCGACCCUACGAUUUUAUUGACAAGCUGCAGGCACCUAAUCAGCUGAUUCAACCCGUGAGAGCAAAUUCAGUUCACACUUUGCAGCAAAAGGCGAAACCCUGGCCCCCAGAGCCCCCACCGACCGGACCCACGGUCAUUGUGAGGGAGCUCUGCUAUCCCAUGGCGAUCGCAAACCGGAAGAAGAAGAUGGAUUCCAUAUUUUGGUGGUCGUUCCUCCUCGCCUUCUCCAUGGCCUCCGCCGGAGUUCGCUCUCAGUCCACCGAAGCCCUCGGUUUCCUCUCCAUCGACUGCGGCAUCGAGCCCAGUUCGUCCUACGUCGACCCCCUCACCAACAUCUCUUACGUCUCCGACACCGGCUUCAUCGACACCGGCGUCAACCACAACAUCUCCGUUGCCUACGUGGGAGACUUCAAGGCCCCGCGGUUCCGCACCCUCCGUGCCUUCCCCAACGGCACCCGCAACUGCUACACCAUCCGGUCACCGGUGGUGGUGCGAGGGUCCAAGUACCUCCUCCGGGCGUGGUUCUACUACGGCAACUACGACGGGCUCAACAGCCAGCCGCAGUCCUUCGACCUCCACCUCGGCGUCAACUACUGGGACAGGGUGAACGUGACCACUGCGGAGCCAUUCUACUGGACGGAGACCAUCACGGUGGCCACCGCCGGGUACUUGUCGGCGUGCCUGGUGAACACCGGCACGGGGACGCCGUUCAUCUCCGGGAUUGACUUGCGGCCGUUGAAGGACAGACUCUAUCCGGCGGCGAACGAGUCACGGAGUCUGGUGCUGUUCGGCCGGUGGAACAUGGGAGAGGAGUUUGACUACAUCAGAAAUGAGCUUGGCGGUUCCUUGUCUAGGUAUCCGGACGAUCCGCUCGAUCGGGUGUGGUUGCUACUGAGCUCUACGCAGAUGAAAUGGAACGACGCCUCCACCGACUCAACCGUCGAAAACUUAUCCGAGGACUUCUUCCAAGCUCCUUCCGUCGUCAUGCAGACCGCCGUCAACCCUAUCGAUUCCUCCAGCAUCGUCAUCACAUGGCAUCCCUCCCCGGGCGUCGUCAACCAGUUCUUUCCCAUCCUCCACAUAUCCGAGAUCGCAGAUCUCUCCGGCACCGAUCAAUCGCGGCAGUUCAACAUCUACGCGAAUGGAUUACGGUGGCUGCCGGAAAUAGUAACCCCCCCUUACCUCUACUCGGGCUUCGUCUACAGCCUCGUGCCCCUCCUUUCGUCCCCCACCUAUAACAUCUCCCUCGAGGCUCUCAGCAACUCCACUCUCCCGCCCAUCCUCAAUGCCUUCGAGCUCUACACGACCAUGAGCAACACCUCCGUGCCCUCGGAUGCUGGAGAUGUUGAUGCCAUGACAACAAUCAAGGAGCGGUAUCGGAUCCAGAGGAAUUGGAUGGGAGAUCCAUGUUCGCCUAAUGCUUUUGUUUGGGAUGGACUAAAUUGUACUUAUAUCUUGUCAAAUUCUCCAAGAGUCACUACUUUGAACCUAUCUUCAAGUGGGCUGACCGGGGAAAUAACCAAAUUUGUUGCCAGUCUUAGUGCACUCCAAUACUUGGACUUGUCUUACAACAAUUUAACAGGGCCAAUACCUAGUGUUCUCGCAAACUUAAGUUCUCUUAAACUACUUGAUUUGACAAGCAACCAGUUAAAUGGAUCAGUUCCUUCGAGCCUCCUUGAAAUGUCACAAAAUGGAUUACUUACCUUAAGACUGGAUGGGAAUCCACAUCUUUGUAACAAUGGUACAUCGUGCAAUGUGAUGCCUGCACCAAAAAAGAAGAAAAUAUCACCACCAGUGGUCGUGAUUCUUUGUAUAGUUCCAGUGUUAAUACUUCUUGCGCUGAUAGCCAUAGUUUGGAGAGUGAGGAAAACACUAGGUUCGAGCAUAGCCAACUCAGUGGAUCUACAGAAUGGUUUCCUAAAGCAAACAGAUAAUGCAUUGCAGCUUGAGAAUCGCCAAUUCACAUACACGGAAUUAGAGAACAUCACCAAUAACUUUCAAAAGAUCCUAGGCGAAGGAGGAUUUGGGUCUGUUUUCUAUGGACGUUUGGAAGACGGUACUCAAGUUGCGGUCAAAAUGCUAUCACAAUCAUCAUCACAAGGAACUAAAGAGUUUCUUGCCGAGGCCCGACACUUGACUAAGGUUCAUCAUCGGAAUUUAGUUUCUUUGGUCGGCUAUUGCAAUGAAGUAAAACAUUUGGGGCUUGUCUAUGAGUUUAUGUCUCAAGGAACACUACAAGAUCAUCUGCGAGGCAGGGCAAACAAUGCUAGGGCUUUAAGCUGGAGACAACGUCUUCAUAUGGCAAUUGACGCUGCACAAGGGCUAGAGUAUUUACAAAAAGGAUGCAAACCGCCAUUAGUUCAUAGAGAUGUGAAGUCGGGAAAUAUCCUUUUGAGUGAAACUCUGGAAGCUAAGAUAGCGGAUUUUGGGCUUUCGAAAGCUUUUCUAAGUGAGGUGAAUAGUCAUAUAUCCACUGUAGUGGUGGGAACUCCUGGAUACCUUGAUCCUGAGUAUUACAAUACCUCCCAGCUUAGUGAGAAAAGUGACGUGUAUAGCUAUGGAGUGGUUCUUUUGGAAUUGAUCACUGGGCUACCUCCAAUAGUUCCAGGUACAAAAAAUGUACACCUAGUCCAAUGGGUGCUCCAAAGGCUUGAUAGAGGAAACAUUGAGGAUGUUGUAGAUCCUAGACUGGAAGGGGAGUAUGACAUAAAUAGUGUCUGGAAGUGUGCUGACAUCGCAUUGAAAUGCACGACACAAAGGUCCCAACAACGACCAAACAUGACAGAAGUUGUGAUGCAGUUGAAAGAGAGCUUAGAACUAGAGAACAUUCAUUAUACAAACACAGUCACAUGCAGAGAGAAUCCAUACUGAGAAGUAAGCGAUGUGAGCCUGGACAGUGCUCCUCUUGAGACAAGAGUGUCUAGAAUGACUGGGAUUUCCGGACCAAUGAUAAGAUAAACAAGGGUUUGCUCGACUUUUCCCAUUGGUUGUUAAGGUUCAAAAAUGUCAUUUUCUUCAAAUUCAUUCCUGUGUAUCGUUUUGCCAUGUUAUUACAUGGCAAAAACUUUGGUAUGUUCGUCCAUUUCAUCUUAGAACAAGCAUCUUGUAUUUUCACAAUGUUACCUUUGUCACAAAAAAUAUUCCCUCU